AUGACUGGUUUCCUGCAAUUCACACUAAAAAUCAUUUUAAGUACGGAAUUCAUCAUAGGGAAUUUAGGAAAUGCAUUCAUAGUACUGGUGAACAUCAUGGACUGGGUCAAGAGAAGAAAGAUCUCUUCAGUGGAUCUAAUCCUCACUGCGCUGGCCAUCUCCAGAACUAUUUUUCUGUUGGCACUAAUUUCAUGUUUAUGGAGACCUGUGCCAUACUCAUCUUUAAUGAUAAUUGGAAAGAUGAUGAGAGUACUUAAUAUUUUCUUCACAGUGACCAACCACUUCAGCCUCUGGCUCGCUACCUGCCUCAGCAUCUUUUAUUUCCUCAAGAUAGCCAACUUUUCAAACUCCUUUUUCCUUUAUCUAAAGUGGAGAGUUAAAAAAGUGGUUGCGGUGGCAUUGCUGGCAUCUCUUCUUAUCUUGUUUAUCAACAUUGUGAUCAUAAACACAAAAACUGAUGCCUGGAUUGAUAAUCACAAAGCAAAUAGGUCCUACAAUACUGUCUUAAACAUUUCUGAGCAAUUUUGUCAUCUUUUUUUGUUCCCCAACACUAUGUUCACACUCAUACCUUUUUUCGUAUCUCUAGUAACUUUUUUCCUGCUGAUCUUCUCCCUCUGGAAACACCUGAAGACCAUGCAGCACAACACCAAAGGCUCCAGAGAUGCCAACACCAUGGCCCACAUCAAGGCACUGCACACUGUGGUUGUCUUCAUGUUGCUGUAUAUUAUUUUCUUUCUGUCAUUUCUCUUACAAUCUUGGAACAAUGAGUCUCUGCAGAAAAAUAUGAAUAUUUUAUUCUUCAGGGUAAUUGGAGUUGCUUUCCCUUCAGCCCAUUCCUGGGUCCUCCUUCUUGGAAAUAAUAAGCUGAGACAGGCUUUAUUCUCUGUGCUGUGGUGCACGAGGUAUAGAACAAAGAUAUAG